GACACUGCAACCUGGAGACAAGUCAUUUCUCUAAUGAAGCCAUGCAAACAUCAUGUGUUCCUCCGUGGAAAGAAGUGAAGAAGGCCAGGAGCAACAGGACACAGAGCAAACUUAAGUUACAAAGUCCUAACCGGAAGCAAGCAGAGAUGCUGGAGCUGUCCUGGAGAAAGAUAGAGUCACAGAAUCAUAGAACCACCAAGGCUGGAAAAGAUCUCCAAGGUCCAACCCAGUCCAACCUCAACUCACCCCCACCACGCCCACUGACCAUGACCCCACAGUGUCACACCUCCACAUUUCUUGAACACCUCCACGGAUGGUGACCCCACCACCUCCCUGGGCAGCCUGUGCCAAUGCCUGACCACCCUUUCCGAGAAGACAUUUCUCCUAAUGCCCAACAUGGAACAGAAUAGAGAUGUGGGGAACCCUGUGGCACCGAAUCUGGGAGUCUGAUGAAAGUUUUCCCCUGGGAUUACUGUUGCACAAACACAAUUACCAACAGCUAAAGGAUAACUGCGCUGACUGUCAAGAAUCUUUUAGGAAGAAAAUCUGUCUGAAUUUGUCCCAAAUACUUUUAAAAUAGCUUCUCACUUUGGGUGAGGAAGGCAGAGCAUAACCACCUAUAGAGAAACGCAGUGAUCCUGAAAUGUCAAGAGUUGAGCAAGAUGCACCUAGUACUCAUUGGCUUUGAGGAACAACGGCUUCUUGAUUUAUGGCUCUUGCUGGAUCACUACAUUAUAUCAGACUUCUUCACAGUCACUAAGAUUCAUCAGGAUGUUGAACUGGAUCUCACAGAACAGCUCAUGGAAAGGAAGGGCUCUCUGACACACAACAACGUCACUGGAGAGGGAACUGUAAGGUCCGGGAAGGCAUCUGGAGUAUGAAACCAGGAGUAAACCAACCACUUCAAGUUGACAAGUAAUAAUGAAGCUGUGUCAGUCCAUCAUGGACAUGGAUAUGCCAGAUUACGUCGACUCCUUGGACUCCUCUUAUACCAUGCUAGAAUUUGAAAACCUUCGGGUUCUUCCAAACAACAAUGAGGAGGCUAAUGGGCGCUGUUCAAUGCCCGCUGAGACCAUCACAGCUGAAUCAGCCAACACCAACCUGCUCAACAACGGCAUCGGCUCCCUUUGCUCCAUCUGCGGGGACCGGGCGACGGGCAAACACUACGGGGCGUCCAGCUGUGAUGGCUGCAAAGGCUUCUUCAGGAGGAGUGUCCGCAAGAACCAUGUCUAUUCCUGCAGGUUCAGCCGACAGUGUGUGAUAGACAAAGACAAGAGGAACCAGUGCAGGUACUGCAGGCUGAAGAAGUGCUUCAGAGCCGGCAUGAAGAAAGAAGCCGUGCAGAAUGAGCGCGACAGGAUCAGCAUCCGUAGGAGCAGCUAUGAAGACAAUGGCUCACUGUCCAUCAGCAUGCUCACCCAGGCCGAGGCAAUGGCACAGCAGUAUUUGCCCCUGAGCCCCGUGCACAGCGCAGAUAUAGCAAUGAAGAAAGUGGCGACCAUCAACGAUGUGUGUGAGUCCAUGAAGCAGCAGCUGCUGGUGCUGGUGGAGUGGGCCAAGUACAUCCCUGCGUUCUGCGAGCUGCCGUUGGAUGACCAGGUUGCCUUGCUCAGAGCCCAUGCAGGGGAACACCUGCUCCUUGGGGUAGCCAAGCGGUCCAUACCCUACACCGACUUUCUACUAUUAGGGAAUGACUUCAUCAUCCCAAUGCACUGUCCAGAGCUAGAAAUCGCUCGUGUGGCCACCAGGAUCUUAGAUGAGCUGGUGAAGCCCUUGAGGGACAUCCAGAUUGACGACAAUGAGUAUGCAUGCCUUAAAGCCAUCAUCUUCUUUGAUCCAGACUGCAAAGGCCUCAGUGAGCCUGGGAAGGUGAAGAACAUGCGUUUCCAGGUCCAGGUCAACCUGGAGGACUACAUCAAUGACCGCCAAUACGAUUCCCGGGGCCGGUUCAGCGACAUCCUCCUGCUGCUGCCCCCACUGCAGAGCAUCACCUGGCAGAUGAUCGAGCAGGUCCAGUUCGUCAAGCUCUUUGGAGUGGCAAGGAUCGACAGCUUGCUGCAGGAGAUGCUGCUGGGAGGAACCACCGUUGAUGUCCAGUACCAGUCAGGACCUCCCAGUCUCAACCUGGACCCGCUGCCAGGACAUGUCCUCCCAGGCAACAUGAGCUCUGUGAUUCACGCUGUCCCAGACCCAUCUCCUGAACCAUCCCUUCCAUCUCCUUCUACAAGCACAGGCAGUGAAGACUAUAAACUAGGCUCUAGCGCAGGGCCCAGCGCCGUAGCACAGCUCUUACCUCAGACACUGAUACCCAAGCAGGAGAUUUUAUAGGGAGAGGUAGAAGGAGAAGCUGGGAGCAAUGUGGGAGCCACGCAGAAUGUGAACCAGGUCCUUUCUUUUUGCAGAGGCAAAGCACAGCAAUCCCCUGCCUGCCACCGGACCUGGGGGUCACGCUCUUCCCUGUCAGUGAGUAAAGCAGCGGGCACCAAGCUGCAGCAGGAGCCUCAGCACGGGUCAUCCCACAGCUCACCCCACUGAUCUCACCCUCAUUUCACACGUGAUUGGGGUUAAUGCUCGUCUCGGUAGGACCAAGACUGUAAGCUCGUCAGAGCAGGCCUUGAUUGCGUUUGGUAUCACCUAGCUCCCUGUGAUCACAACUCUUUUGAAGCCUCUGGUCGUUAUCACCAUAAAAACAAACACCUGAUGCAGCUCCUGUUAAUUGGCAAUGAGUACAGCCUGCAUUGAAUUAUCAGUAUGGAAAGGUCUAUCCCCAUUAAAAAUGUAAUUACACUCCUAAUUCUGCAGCAAAUUAAGCUUGAGGAAGAAUAUCUUCCUAACUCUUUCAUCUUCAUUAGCCUUCCAGAUGUGACUUGUUCCACAUAGACCAGCCAACCUUUACUACUGCUCAGUUCUUAUUUGUGAUCAGGAAUGGCAAGGUCUCAACAUCAUUCUGUCACUUUCCAUACCUCACAAUGUAUCUGGAGUCCAUCCAUGAGUCAUUUGCAUCCUCUACUUCACUGGAAUAUCCAUCUAAAACCACUCAGAGACAGCAGUGAGGUGCUCUGCAUCUGACUAUGGUCUGGCAAAACCCACGAUGAGCAGUGAGCUCAAGAAACCACCUCUAACCAUGAUACUACUUAAAACAAUCCCAACAGAUGACUAUACAGCCUCAAAUGUUCCUGAAGCACAGUCACUGUACUGUGUAUAGAUUGAACAUCACUAGAAAGCAGGCUCCUGGAUUUCUAUAGAGCUUAUGUUCCUUUCUGUAAAGCCCAACGACCUCCAUCAGUCAGCUCUUGAGGCAUUAAGAUGGACUCAUACUGAAAUGUAGGGUGAAAUGGGGAAUUCUUUGUUCUUGCACAGCACAUCAAACUGCCAGCCCAUAAGCACGGACCCUCGCCCAUCACAACGCUGCGAUGAUGGUGCCCAGCAAAGGCUUCGUGAGGCUUGUGAAGCACUCUGAGCUCCUUGGAUGGAGUACACUGCAGAAAUGCAAUCUCACUGGAAAAGGAAGGGCAGCCAAACCUGCCCCAAAAGGGUGGUACUUUGUACUCAGGUUAUUUCUCAUUGCUUGGGGAGACGUUUUAGAGUUACCGUUCUACAGUACAACAGAGGUCUGAAAACCACUGAAGGCUGGGUUGAUUCCACCCAGCAUCUCAAUGUUUUACUUUUCUAAUGCCUAUGAUGAAUUUGACCUGAUAUUACAUGCUGAUAACUUCGAUUUGACACGGCUAUAGCUGGAGAACAAAUUCCACUGCAAGCAUUCCUGCUGCAUCCGUUCUUGUGUAACAUUGCUUCCAGUUCCUCCAUCCUGUAAAUUACAUUGCUUUUCUAGAAAUUAAAUAUACAUUUAUACUCAUUAAUGGUAAGAAAAUAAAUCUAGUGGAAAUAAA